GUUUUCGGCGGAAGGCGUUGAGUGUGACACAGCGUUGAGUGCCCAUUCACCCGCGCUUUUCAGACUCCGGCGUUUCCCUCGGAAGAGGCUGUUUUCGGGAGAGGUUGCUCAGUGGUUGUAUCCAGCGGCAGACGUGCCUCCUCGAAUGUUGAAAUGCCAGUUAAAAGAUCACUGAAAUUGGAUGGUCUGUUAAAAGCAAAUUCAUUUGAUUCUCCAAAAAUCACAAGGAAAAAAAGUAUUACCUCCUAUUCUCCAACAACUGGAACUUGUCAAAUGAGCCCAUUUGCUUCUCCCACAAGCUUUAAAGAACAAGAGCACAAAAAUGGACCAUCAAAUGGAAGGAGGAAAACAUGUAUAACCAAAAGAAAGGAAUCUACUACACAAGACAAUGAUGAAUUCAUGGUGUUGCUAUCUAAAGUUGAGAAAUCAUCAGAAGAAAUAAUAGAAGUAAUGCAAAAUUUAAGUAGUAUACAGGCUUUGGAGGGCAGUAGAGAACUGGAAAAUCUCAUUGGUAUCUCCCGUGCAUCAUGUGUCUUGAAAAGAGAAAUGCAGAAAACAAAAGAACUAAUGACAAAAGUAACAAAACAAAAACUAUUUGAAAAGAAGAGUUCAGGACUUCCCAAGGAAGAACUGUGUCAUCUUGACAGCUAUGAAUUCCUUAAGACCAUUUUAAACUGAGGCAUUUAGAAGCAAUGCACUCCCUACGAACGCCAACUUCUGUAUCUGCCUGAUCGUAUUUAAAGGAACAGAAGAAAUGUUUGUAAUUAAUCUGCCCAGUAAAUACCAGAUCAUAGCACUAGGCAGGUGCAUAUCUAGAUAAAAUUUCUUGCAGCUAAUUUAAACUUUCUACACACACCAGUAGAUAAUCUCAAUGUAAAUAAUACAUUUCUUCUUGACCCUUUCAAGUAAGCCAACAUGUAGAAGAGGAUCUUGACUUAUAUACUGUAUCACGUGUACUUCUGUAUACUUUUAGCAUUUGUGGAUAGAUUUAAUAAAGCAUUUAUGAAAAUGGCA